AUGGAAGAAGGAUAUUUUUCUUUCAUUUGGAAAAUAAAUUGUUUUAACGAACUUGUCUCUCGACAUCCUAAUGGUACCUUUUUCUAUAGUGAAAGGUUCUGGUCGCCAAGGGGGCAAACCGGAAAGUCAAUCAAUCUGAACGUGCGUAGUGUCUCUGGUAAUUCCAACAAUCCUAAUAACACAGACUAUCUUUGGCGGUUGAAACUAUUUCCAAAUGGGGUUGAUAAGAAGUCAACCGAAUUCAUUUCACUUUACCUUGAAGCAAUACAAACUCAAUAUGAAAAACAAAAUGGCAUAACCGGUAGACACAAAAAAUUCAGGUUGGCACUUUAUCGUUUAGAUCAAGAUCAUUUAAACACAAUACAAACACCUUUCCUCAUAAUUGAUCGACAUAUACUGGAGACAAAUUUUGAAUUCAACGGGGUUAACGCGGACUAUGGGUUCGCCAGGAUAAUUAACCUUAAAGAUUUGUGUCCGACCGAAUCAAAUUUGCCCGAGAUGGAUCUGAUGGUACGAGCACAAAUUUUUGAUGAUAUGCCAUCUCACGGUGAAGGAUCUAGCGCGAGUCUUAUACCAGAGUGUAGUUCUCUUUCGCCGUUCGAAAGAUUUUUUAGUGAAAAGCUUUUUUGUGAUGUGGAAUUCGUGUUCGACUGUGGAUCGAGUCUAAAAGCACAUCGAGUCAUCCUCGCGGCACGGUCUGAAUAUUUCGAGAGGUUAUUGGGUGGAGAAUGGUUGGAGGGACACAUGCGGACUAUUACUAUAAAAGAUAUGCCGUUUCAUGCAUUCCGCUGUAUCGUGUAUCAUCUUUAUACCGGAAAACUCGAGGACGGUUUGAGUUUUGAUCUCCUAAAGGAUGUCUAUUCCAAAGCCGAUAUGCUUAAUAUAAAUGAGUUAACUUCUAUGACGGCCGAAAAAAUGGUUGAAUUCAUAAGUAUCGAAAAUUGGGAUCAAAUCCUAAUUUUGGGUUGGAAAUAUUAUGAUGAUAGAUUGAAAACCGCUGGAAUGAACUUUGCAAUAUCAAAUUGGAUGCGAAUAAGGAAUACUGAUAAUAUGAAACAGGUGAUGGAAUGCGGUAACAUGGAUUGGAUCGAGGAAUUAGUUAUCAGGAAAUUUUUUUCGCCCGUCAAUAAUGGUUCGUAA